AUGGUGGGAAGUCUACUGUAUGCUGCAAUGGCCACACGACCAGACAUAGCUCAAGCAGUGAGUGCUGUGUCAAAGUUCAACGCAAAUCCAGAUGCUGCACAUCUGACCGCUGUGAAGAGGAUACUUCGAUACUUGAAAGGGACAGUGAACUUUGCUCUCAAGUAUGAGCAGUCAGACUCUGGAGCUUUGAUUGGAUUCUCAGAUGCUGACUGGGCUGGAGAUCAGGAUGACCGACGCUCAACAACAGGCAACGUUUUUCUACUGAGUGGAGGAGCAGUGAGCUGGCUCAGCAAGAAACAAGCAACAGUUGCACUUUCAACAGCAGAAGCGGAGUACAUCGCACUCAGUCAAGCCGCUCAAGAAGGAAUCUGGCUAAAAAGAUUACUGAGUGAUCUCGGAGUGAAAACUAUGUCCACAGUGAUCCUGGAAGACAACCAAGGAGCCAUCGCAAUCGCGAAGAAUCCUGUGAACCACUCCAGGACCAAACACAUAGACUUUCGCUAUCACUACAUCCGUGAAUGUGUGCAGAAUGGACAAAUAGAACUGCAAUAUUGUCCAACAAAUGACAUGAAAGCGGAUAUAUUUACCAAACCACUGCCUAGACAGAAGUUUGAAUAUCUCAGAGGUGAGAUUGGACUUUUCCCUAUUUAG